UACCCUUGACCUUUUCCCUCUGUAAAGUGCAAAGGGAUGUCCCCGGGAGCAGCUGUAGAGCCCCUGUCCCGGCUGAGCCGGGUGUUUGCAGUUCACAAGCCUGUGGGAUGGACAUCUGCAGAUGUGGUCAGGAAAAUCCGGGCUGUUCUAUGUACAGAGAUGAGGAGUAGAGGUGCCCAGGUGAAACUUCGCUCCAUCAAACUCGGCCAUGGAGGCACGCUGGACUGCAGGGCAGCUGGGGUUUUAGUUCUAGGUCUGGGUAAAGGAACAAAGCAGCUUCAUAACCUUCUCAACACAACACAAAAGAGAUAUAUAGCAGAGGGACUGCUAGGGAAGGCCACAGAUACCUAUGAUACUGGUGGAGAGAUCACAGAGGAGAAACAUUUUGAUCACAUCACAGAAGACACCUUCAGGCAGACCAUGGACACUUUCAGAGGAGAACAAAUGCAGGUGGCUCCCAUCUACUCAGCGCUGAAGGUUGGGGGUGAGCGGAUGUCUGAUCGGGUGAGGAGAGGGGAGACAGUGGAACCCAAGCCUCCACGUCCUGUGGUUGUCCACUCUCUGGAACUCCUCAGUUUCAACCCCCCUCAUUUCCAACUUGGUAAGGUGGAGUAUAGCACAAGUAGCACAGCACAAGCAGUUUGCGGUGACCUGUGGUGCAGGCUUCUAUGUGAGAUCCCUUGUUCAUGACCUGGGGCAUGCUGUUGACAGCUGUGCCCACAUGACAUCACUGUGUAGAGUACAGCAGGGACUAUUCACACUGCAGCAGGCACUACCACUGGAGAGGUGGACACUACCAGACAUAGAGGCAGCUGUCCACAUUUGACACACACGGGCUGGGCAGACACUGCCAACACCACUAGGCACAGGACAGUACUGUAAAGGUGCCAGUGGGAUGUUGUUGGUUAUCUGGCCACUGUAUUUUUGGAAUAUCAAUUAUAUAUCACAAAGAGGGCCUUCAUCAGCAUUUUCCCAUGUUUUACACACUCUGCAUUGGCACAUAUAUAGUGGUCAUUUGGCACAGAACCUCCCAUAUACAAUAUUGAGAUAAGUAUAUACAUGUACUUACUACUGUGGACCGAUCCAAAUGUAUCAGUGUUGAGCUUGGACCACUCUUUUAUUAUCUACAUUUCAGGAGGCUGAAAGUAACCAACUUGAUGUAAGGGUGGACAGAGUACAUUUACUUGUAUUCCAUGUUAUUCCCCUGUAUGAGGGAUUAUCAAUAUAUUGAAAGCUGUAUUCGCAAAAUGCUGUAGGAAAUGUCUUACAUUACUCCUCCACUUGUACGAAAUCAUUCCAUGGGCCACACCAUACAUUAGUUACUUUUCUCUGCUUGAAGAACUCCACUGCGCGAGGAACCUCACACCUCUCUGUCUGUCCAUUGCCUAACUGACCAUAAGCACCUGUGUUGAGGGAGAGAAGGGAGUUGUCAUAGAGCACAAAUCAUUUUAUUAAAAGAACUGACCAAAGUUUGUGUAUAAAACUGAAAGAGAUAACCAGAAUAUUAAAAAAGAGAACUUGCCCCAUCCCCAUGUCAAGAGCUGGCCAUCCCCUGCACAGGAGAGAAAGAGAGAGGUUACAUAUAAUCCAUUCAAAUAAAAAUGAGCUGUACUAAUAAACUGGAAACAACUUGA